AUGAUGUCUAUUGAUCCCCAUCAUCCUCUUAUAAUAGACAACAUCUCAGCUCUACUGAACUCCACAAUUGAUCUCACCAACUUGUUAUUCAAGCUUACGGAUUAUGAUGGUAUCCAAUAUGUAAUUUCUGGCCAAAACACUGAUUCUUUAUGCUUCACAGUUCUAGCACCUCAGCUGGCUUCAGUUGGAGAAGCAGGAGGAUAUGAAUCAAUACAACUAAACUACCCAGGUUUCCCAAUUGCAAUAGACGAAGGCAGCUACUCAAUCCUGAUUGACCGAUCUCAGCUUCCUGAUCCCUCUUUAGGUGAAGAAAGAAAACUCCGAGCCAAUGAUAUUGCCAAUAAAUUCAGCAUGUUCAGGACUCAUUUCUUGUCAGGGCCGUUUAUAAAAGCCUUAAAAAAUGUAAAAUCAGGCACCGCUUUCCAACCAAAAGAAGUUUUAAUUAGGCCCAAUGAAAAAUUGUGGGUGAUCCCUGGAGAAAACAGAGUGAAUUUUAUUUUUCAGGUCAAUUUUUCUGACCAUACUGAUGGGUCAUUGUCUAGAGUAUUUUUACAAGAAUUUGUAGAGGCAAAAAGGCAGGUCCCGAACUCUCCUGUGAUCACUUUUUCACAAAAUCCGCCUGAAGCAAUGUCAAUGUUUAAAGGGGCGACUUUGCCGUCAACUAUAGGGUUUUUGUGUAUAACAGUAUUGAAGGAGCAGAUUAGACAAGAAGCUGAAACUGGGCAGUGGCUAGCUGGGCUUAAGCAGUACUUGACUUAUCAUCUUCACGCAUGCAAAACGUAUCUUCAUAUGAGAAUGAGGAAAAAGACUGAAGGACUGCUUAAAGUACUGAAAAAUGCAGUUCCUGAUAAGCUUGAAGAGAAGACAUUUAGAAGAGUAUUAAUAUUAAUUAUAGGCUGGCUGCUGCCUAUUGGUAUAGCAAUCAAGGAGAUUUAGAGGGUUCAUCCGCUUUGUGAUGCCGUCUGUCAAGCUGGGCGGAUUAAGAUGAUUUCUCCAGCGAGAAAAGGAUCUAUACCACCUUGCUCCUCCUUCAGCCUCUAACGUCAUGGAUAUCGGAAGUGUUUGCUCCUCCUGCAUCUCCUUCUGCCUUGCGUCUCAACUGUUUGAGCAGGCGGUGCUUAAGUUGUACGAAGGUUAUCCGUACAAAAAUCCUGACUCUCGGCAAAAAGGAAAAGUUUUAAGCUCAGGACGUAGCUCCUGAUUUCAUACUAGAGACUAGCCCAAUUGGUUAAACCUUGCCGGGCUUCCCUUUUCAUCCCAAGCUCUUCCUUUACUUCGAGGUAAAUCCAACUCUGAAAAAGGACUUAGGUUGGACUUCAAGCUCUCCUGGAAUUGCUUGCCUAGCAUUGUGUCCAUUUUUGAGUUGGCAAAACCUUGCCGGAUAUAAUUAAAAAUAUGCUCAAGGCUCCAUGGCCUCCCAGCCAUGCCCAGACCAAGACGCCAUAUUUAAUUAUAUACAUUUAGAAGAGUCAGAGCAGCUAAAACAAGAAGAGAAGAAAGUAAAAUUGUCUACAACUUUAAUUAUAAUUUCCUAUGAUUUUUAUAUAAAAAUUUUAAAAUAAUUAAUAGAAUCUAAAUAUUCAAUAAAAUCUGGGAUAA